AUGACUGAUAAUAUUAAUAAGUUAUCGAAAGCUCUUAGAAAUGAUGUUAAUGGCCCUUCCAAUAAUAAUUCAAACACGAUAACUGCCGCCUCACUUGUGAAUCUCAAUGACGAUGAUGUUGUCCAGAUAUGGGCCGCUGUGUCGAAUUAUAUCGAUAAUUACAUGAAACAAUCGAAAGGAGUAUCCAUUCCUGGAUUUGGUACAUUCAGUUUCAUUCAUAAACGAACAGAUAUUGGAAAUAACAAAUAUUUGUUAAUACAAAGACCAGUAUUUGCUAUAUCGGAAAAAUUUGCUCAAACACAUGGGUUAAAGUUCACUAAAUAUCCGAUUAAUGGCUCAAUUCCAAUUCAUCCAUUAAAUUAUUUUGCUAUACAAAGUCAACAUUUGUAUUCAAGAGAUCAAGUAGAACAAUGUGUUAAACAUGUUUUACAAGUAUUUAAUCGCUCAGUGGCUGCACAAAGAAAUAUUGAGUUUACAUUUACUCAUAUUGGAAAGUUACAAAUACGCGAUGGAAAAGUGAAAAUGCGUUUCUUCAAAGAUUUUGUUAACAAUGUAGAUGGAAGUGGAAAAGUUUUCGAAGACAUGUGCAAUAGACCUCAAACAUGUGAUUCAGUCAUGUCAGAACGAGAGGCAAAACGGCCACCAUCAACUUCACUAUGUGUUCUUCCUAGAUUAAAUAGCCGAAUAGGAAAUCAAGCUAUGACAUCAAUAGAAGAAGAGCAUGAUGAUAACGAAAAGAAUAGAUCGUCAAAAGCACAACAUCUAUCAUUAACACAACGCGAUUUAAGUCCAUUUAAAACUGAUCGUUCAUAUUCAAAACAGAACGAUUUCCGUUUACCUCCACUUUUAUCAUCAGCAGCAGCUGUGCGACAGUCGAAUGAACAUCGAAUACAAUCAAUAAAUGCCGAUAAUGAACAACAACAUGAAACCAAUGGUAGUAGACUUUCUCAUCAUCAUUCACCAUCGGGCGUUAUUCGAACCACAAGUGAUGCGAGUGUAUUGACUGGUUACAACUAUAGACCAUCGUCAAAACUCAAUCGUGAACGUAUAUCCUCAUCGUUGAAUAUUAUCUCACAGCAAAAUAAUUCGAAACCAUCAACACCUUCAACUCCGGUCUGUGGUCAUCAUGGAGCUGGACAAGAAUUAUGCUAUCUGUGUCAUCAACGAGCAAAACGAAAUAUACCUGUUUAUAUGCAAGAAGAAAAAAAAAUUCGAGAAGCAGAAGAAGAACAACUUUUACAACAAUAUAAACAUAAUCAAGAUAUGGAAGAGUUCAAACAACGAGAAAUAAAGAUGAAAGCCGAUCGUGAAGAGAAACAAAAAAUUGCUGCAUUCAAUUUGGGAGUAGCUGAAGCGGCAAGAGUACGAAAAAUGGAACGACCAAAUACGACAGACAUACCGCGCUCGUUUGUAUUUCGUAAACGAGCAAAAACGCCUCCAACAUACAUUCGUCAACAAGAUUUAGCAAAUCAUCUUGAAGCACAAAUUAAAUGGAAACAACAAGAGGAAACAAGUCGAAAACAAGACAAAGAUUUUAUAGAAAGAUUGGAACAGAUACAAUUAGCUGAACAGUAUAAAAAUCAUACAAAAAAAAACCUUGGCAGGACAAUUCCUAACUGGGCUAAAAUACUCGCCAAUGAAAGAGAAACGUACAUUAAAAAUAAACGUUUACACCAAGAAGAAAUGAAGAGUGCCUUAGAUACUCAGGUUCGUACAAAACCAGCCGGUUUACCUAUUUCUGAACCUGAUGGUGCCAUGUUUGGUUUAAACGACAUGACAACAGAUAAAUUAAUUGAACGAAAAAAAAAUGCUAUGGAAAUAUUUAAACAACAAAAAGAGAUUGUUGAACAACGUCAACGUGAACAAUUAUUAAGACAAUUACGAGAACAAGAACAUGAAGCUCGUGCAUUGGACAAUAUGAGAGACGAUCUUUCAUCAGAUCGUCGUGAUCGUUUUCUUCGUUCAUAUACAAUUCGUAAAGAUUUAGAAAAUCAAUGGUCAAAUGCUGUUGAAGAAAAACAUAAACGUGAUUUAGAUGAACAAAUACAUGUUUAUGCUCCGCAAGGUGUUCUUGUUCAUGAACAAUGUGAUCAGUAUAAACGUUGUGCACAAUGUCAAAGAAAAUUAAAUAAUUAUGGAGAAACAAAUCUUUGGAAAGAAACACGUUAUGUUCCAGGCGCAAGAAUUAUGGUUUAA